UUUUAUUUUCACUAUGGAGCCGGCAGACGUCAGCGAAAUAGUUAAACAACAAGUGGAAGAGUCUCAAAAUUCAUUUUUAUCUCGUUUAGAGACUUUAGUGUCGAAUAAAUUGAACGUUUUCCAGCAACAACUACAUGAAAAUCAGAGAGAACUGAGCGACGCACAAGUGGCAAAGAUUCAACUCAUAAAUAAUGAAGCCCACAAGUUCAAUAAGAAAGGAAAUGAGGAGCAAUUCAAAUUAAACUCGAGGGUCUCUCAGAAACUCAGAGAAGCGGACGCUAUUCUAAAAGAAGACAGUAAUACUCGUGAUGCUACUACAGAUGCACAGGACAAGAUUUCCGAAGGUUUAACUAUGUUAGAAUAUAGACAGAAAUUGAUAAAGUUGGCCGAUAGUUCCGAGUUCGGCUGGAAGACAGUGAAGGAAUAUGAAGCUAAUUCCAUAGCUGAUAAUUCCGAUGACGAAAAGAAAAUGGUGAAAGCAGAGAAUAGAGCUCAACGGAAAAUAAAAGUUCAGAUGGGCACCAGGAGACGUUUUAAUCGAACGCACCCCUACGCACCGGAAACUCACAGGACUCAAGAGAACACAACUUCCGGAAACACAACAACAACAAGGAGGCCUGGGUUUUGUUUUGCCUGCGGGAAGCCGGGGCAUUGGAGGGCUGAGUGUAAAGAGCUGGUCAGAAGUGGCAAUCAAGUUGAAAAGAUGAGUAUAACUAAUGUAUGUUUAGAUGAUGAAAAUAUGAAAAAUGGUUCUAUAAAGGAAAUGAAUGAUCCGGUAAUUCAGACACCGGUGGGUAGGUUGAGAACAGCUAAGAGACCAUUGGGUUGA